CAGAGAGCAACUGGUAACAUGGAUUGCACCUCAGAAGGGGACAGCUGAACUCUCCCUCCGGCUUUAGUGAGGAAAGAGCAGCGAUGAAAUCCGUGGACUGUGUGCACGUCAUCCAGCAGAAGGAUACCGCCUCCUCUCCCUCUGCCCCCCCUGGUGCUGCUUCAGGCACCGCGGGACUUUUUUCUGUCACAUUCCUGUGGCUUGCAAUGCUCCUGUCCUCUUGUCUUGCAGCAGUGUCUCUUUACCAUGUUAUCACUCUGAAAACAGAACUAGAAGCUCUGCGCAGUGAGCUGAUCCACAGGGUCCAGGCAAGGUCUCUGCUAGACCAGCCACCCGUGUUCCCUGAGGAAAAUAAAGCGAAUAUCCCUGUUUCUUCCUUCCUGCAAGUGUCUGCAGCUGGCGCCAGGCAGGAGAACAGGCUUCCUGGUCCUGGCCCAGCUGAAAGCUUCCAAAAGGAAAUCUGGAACAGGAGCAGAAACAGGGGCAGAAGGUCUGUUGUCCACACAGAAGAAAGAGUGCUGCAAGCCUGCUUGCAACUGAUCGCUGACAGCAAAAGUGAUAUCCAGCAGAAAGAUGAUUCAAGCAUUGUCCCUUGGCUUCUGAGCUUUAAACGUGGAACAGCUCUGGAAGAACAAGGAAAUAAAAUAGUGAUCAAAGAAACAGGAUAUUUUUUCAUAUAUGGCCAGGUUUUAUAUACCGAUACAACAUUUGCUAUGGGACACCUAAUACAGAGGAAGAAGGCUCACGUGUUUGGUGAUGAUCUCAGCUUGGUGACAUUGUUUCGUUGCAUCCAAAAUAUGCCACAGUAUUAUCCGAAUAAUUCUUGCUAUACUGCUGGCAUUGCAAAAUUAGAAGAAGGGGAUGAACUUCAACUUACAAUACCACGGAUGAGGGCCAAAAUAUCUUUGGAUGGAGAUGGUACUUUUUUUGGUGCAGUUAGACUCCUCUGAAACCCUUCACUUAUGUUACUAUGCUUAAUGCAGUUUUCUUCUUUUCCUAUGCCUUUGUCAGAAAAAAUAUUGAAUUGUAAUAAAGCUGCCAAUUCAGUCUCUCCCCAUCUACCACCAGCUUCUGAGAACUUUUCUUCUGUUUAAAUAAGAGAACCCAAAACAGGAAACACACCAGACAUAGUUGUGAGAUAUAACCAUCAUGUGAUUACCAGAAAGCCAAUUUAUUUUAGACAAUGGGACAACUGUAAAGCAAUGGGUUUUUUGGCUUUGAAACAGUUUCUUGUCCAUAAGGCUAAUCAAAGAAUGAGUUGACCAUGAAGUAUAGCAUAAACAGGAUGACUGAGUAUGAAAUUAUUAUCCAUAAUUGAAAAGGAAAACUAAAACACAACUACAUCUUAGAUUUGCUUUGUUUCAUCAAUAAAAUA